GGGAGGAAAUUAAUCGCGAUCCAGAAGAAUUGGCGUACAUCUGAAGACGCGGUAAAUAAUCUCACAUUUCGACGAGAGAAGAAGAAGAAACAUCGCGUCGAUGGAUCGAAUACGAAUUGGUGGGAGCGAGAAAGAUAGGGUAGGAAAGAGAGACAAAGGGACGGAAAUACGGGACGAGGGCAGAAGGAACGAAGAUGGGGAUAGAGAGAAAGAGGAUCGGAUAGAAGAAGGAAGAACUCUGAGAAGUAGGAGGGGGUAGGAGAGGAGGUGGAAAAAAAUCCGGGGAUUUACGCGGAAAGGGCAAAAUAUUCCCCGCCCAGGUCUCAUUCAACCCCCGAGUACGGGGUGGCUUUGGGUGAGAAGCGUGCGCCCUCAUUGGCGGGGAGGCUAAUAUGGCGGUGUUAGGGGUUGCGAGGUGGGGCGGCUGUAUGCGAUAUUAAGGGCUGCUUUCAUGUCCGACGAGCCAGUUCGUGGUGCGCCGUCGAUUGACGCAUUUUCUUUUCGAAGUGAGAGAGUCACGCGUGGAACAUCGACGCUCCGUCGUUCUCCUUCUCUUUUUUCCCUUUCUCCGUCUCAUUAUCCUUCGAUUCGCGCUUCCGUUCAUUCAGUUUUUCCUCACGCGUGUAAUCAAAUUAUUUCGAUAUUCUACAUACGUGUACAUACGUGUACGUUUAUUUUCUUUUGCUCGCGCCAAAAGGACGUUCUUCCACGAAGCUCCAUCUGUCCGCGGAAGGGACAGCGGGAAAUACGAUUUUCUCCGGGAUAUCCUAGACGGGAGAGUACCUCUCUUUUCAGUGAAUUCUCGUGAAUAAAACACCGUUUACCGAUUAUCUUUCGACGAAGUUGCACACAAGUGAUCUCACCUUCGCUAAAUAUGGCACAAACGUAUAAUCAAAAGAGGAACGUGUAUAGCAUCGACCAGAUAUUGGGACACGGGAAGGAUGAAGAUCACGCGACGUCGUCCGAUGCGAUCGGUGAUGCCGGGGACACGGAACUCGGUCACCUGAGCGACCAUCAAAUGAACGAUUCCCUUCACGAUCCUUUGAACCUGGGCGAGUCGGAUCGAUUGAAUCUGGGAGAAUCGGAUCGGCCGCGCAAGGUUCGAAGAUCCCGUACCACGUUCACCACGUACCAGCUGCACGAGCUCGAGAAGGCGUUCGGGAACACUCAGUAUCCAGAUGUGUUCACCAGGGAAGAGCUCGCGAUGCGAUUGGAUUUGUCCGAGGCUAGGGUGCAGGUCUGGUUUCAAAAUCGACGCGCGAAAUGGCGUAAGAAGGAAAAAGUGCUCGGAAGGGAUACGAAUUUCAUGCACGUGGAGCAAAGUGGUGUCAACGAGCUGUCCCUUCACGCCCGCCUGCUCCAAACCGCCGGCGGUGUGCCAGGUGCGGAUCCAUCGGGAGGACCAGCGGGUGCCUUUCCCUGGUUCAUCCCGCCGGUGUUCCCACCGCCGUGGCCGGCCAGCGCGCCNAAGUUGCCCCCGUUGCACGCCAUACUCUCGCAGUACAUCGGCCUACCCCUUCCGCAGAACCUGGCCUCGCUGAGCACGGUCCUCCCGGUCGGACUCAACCCAGCCUCGACCCUCAACCACAACAACGUGAACGGGCACACGCUAGGGACGCACAUACCUGGACACCCGUUGAACCUCGGUGUGCAGAACCUCCCGCAAAAUUUGAGCUCGAAGCACGACAAGGAGGAAGACUCGGCCUCGUCCGACGACGAGAUCAGGCGGCAGAGCGCGGAGGUGUUGAGAGUGAAGGCGGAGGAGGUUUUACGCAAGAUGUCGGUGAUUCACGGGAUUUAGACGCCGAUGCCUUGACUUCGUAGCGAAACAAUAGGGAAUGAAAUCAUGGAUGAUGGAUGAUAAGUGAGUGGAGAGUGGGGGGAUAGGAAGAACCGGAGAGAAUUUGAAUUCCCAAGAAUUUCGUUCGUGCAUUAUUUGGAUUCUUCUACGAAACGCAACAAACACUAGUCUGUCUGAGAUUACUCUACGGAUACUUUGAGUUUGGGUUACGAGAAGCGUGUUGUUGAAAACCGCUGGCGGUUUUUCGACGAUUUUUAAGUUACCUUUUUCUUUCAUUCUAAAAUUACACCUUUUAUUCUUACGUUUUAUUAUUAUUACCAUUAUUAUUAUUAUUAUUAAUUUUUUUUUCCUUUCUUGGGUUGAGAAUUCAUAUACACGAAUAUGUGUGAAAAAAUGCAAUAUCGGAGGAUUUAACGAAUAAUGUCGCGGACAAUUACGUGGUUUCGAAAAUUACUAGAUUUUUGGUACCUUUCGCCACUCUUAAAGUGAUAAUCUUAAAGUAAUAACGUGAUAAUUUCGAUUGAAAAGCACAAGAUUGUUCGCGAUAUUUUCUCGACUCGUGUCGACGAAUGUGGUAAUCGUAACGAAUGUCUCAACACUGGACACUGGAAAAUUUUUUUUAAAGAAUCCGAUUUUAUAGAAACCAGCAACAAAAAGGAAAACGAACUAUUAUCGGAAGAAGAAUUUUUGUAACAUACAUGUAUCAUACGCAAACGUGCAUAUAUAUAUAUAUAUUAUAUAUAGAUCACGUAUAGUUUCUUUCAUGUAAAUAUGUAGGUAAUUAAUUAUCUCGAGAGAAAUAUAUGACGCUACUAAGA